AAUCUCUUACUACAUACACACUGGGGAGUGGGGACUUAACCGAGACGGUGACACUGUGACAGUGGCAGAGAAGAAUACUCACCGCCGUAAGUUGCAGCGAUGGCCAUAGCCGCCACCAUUUCCGCUCCUCUCACAUCUCCGACUCGCCGCACUCUCGCCGCCGUCAACACGCUCUUUCCCCAUUCUAGCAGAUCCACUUUGCCCACACCGCAACGCGCUUUCAAAUACCCUAACUCUCGCCUCGUCGCCUCCUCCAUGAGCACCGACGCUCCCGUCAAAACAUCCUCCGCCUCCUUCAUCCACCGCGGAGAGGCCGGCUUUCUCCACUUCGCCAAGUACCACGGCAUCGGAAACGACUUCAUUUUGAUUGACAACAGAGACUCGUCCGAGCCCAGGGUGAGUCCGGAGAAAGCGGUGGAACUGUGUGAUCGGAACUUCGGUGUCGGAGCUGACGGGGUUAUCUUUGUCUUGCCUGGCAUCAACGGCACCGAUUAUACCAUGAGGAUUUUUAACUCCGAUGGCAGUGAGCCUGAGAUGUGUGGCAAUGGAGUCCGGUGCUUCGCGAAGUUUGUUUCUCAGCUUGAGAAUUUACAUGGGAGGCAUAGUUUCACCAUACAUACUGGUGCUGGUCUGAUUAUUCCUGAAGUCUUGGAGGAUGGAAAUGUCAGAGUUGACAUGGGGGAACCAAUUCUUAAAGCCUCAGAAGUGCCUACUAAGAUACCUGCAAAUAAGGAUAUUGCUGUUGUUAAAUCAGAGCUAGUUGUAGAUGGAGUUAUCUGGCAUGUGACCUGUGUUAGCAUGGGAAAUCCACACUGCAUAACUUUCAGUAGAGAAGGAAGCCAGAAUUUGCUUGUUGAUGAAGUGAACCUGGCAGAAAUUGGCCCAAAAUUUGAACAUCAUGAGGUGUUCCCUGCACGGACUAACACAGAGUUUGUGCAAGUAUUGUCUAAUUCUCACCUUAAAAUGCGUGUUUGGGAGCGUGGGGCAGGAGCAACCCUAGCCUGUGGAACUGGAGCUUGUGCUACUGUUGUUGCGGCAGUUCUUGAGGGUCGAGCUGGGAGGAAAUGCACGGUUGAUCUAUCUGGAGGGCCUCUUCAUAUUGAGUGGAGGGAGGAAGAUAACCACGUGUAUAUGACAGGGCCAGCCGAUGUAGUUUUUUACGGAUCUUUGACCCUUUGAUACUUUGAUAUGUUGUCCCAUCGUUAAGUUAAACCCAAUACUUCGUGGAAUUAGGAAUUGCUGAAUAAUAUUUGUAUCAUUUUAUGAGAGGUGGACUUUCUGCUUGUUCUGAAUGUUUUAUCACGUGUUCAACAUGUUCCUACUAUCCCUUUGGUUGAAUGUGACACAAUGAUUAUCAAUUGUACCAUAUUAGCCUUAAUAAGCAAUGAAGUAAUGAAAAUUGUCUAAACAUGUAACAUUA